AUGCUGCCCGUCCUGCAUGCUCCUUGUGCAGCAGGCAGAACAGGGAAUGUACGGAAAUACUGGGAUGAGGACUACGUCAGAGCCCUCGAAGCCCAAGUACAGUCGCUGCUCUUGGCUCUAGAAAAGCAAAGCGCCGAGAAGGACUCGUCGCCGCCGUUGUCUCUAAGCGACCGUGCAUCUCACUCUGCAGAGCCUGAUGUCACUCUCAGAGAAAGUCUCGAUGGCGGUGAUGCCACUGAAGGUCUCGCAGUCAGCGGCAACGACGGGGACGUCAAGGACGUUGUCUCCAUAGAAGACCAUGGAGAUAGUGCAAGCAAGGACUCGGGGACACAGGAGAGGUCUCAGAUGGCAAUGGAAGAGCUCUGUGUAAUGCUAUGGAGAACAAACGUCGGUGACGGGGUAACUAUCAUCGACGACCCUGCCACUGGGUCUCACUACUCAGUCGACCCCAUACAGCCGGCUGUACCGAUGGCCCAUCAAGUCAUCCCUCCAGAACAAGUGCUCGUUUACUGCCGGCAAAAAGGCCUUAUACACGAGAUGGCGGGUCUCUUCUUGGAUAACAUCAACCAAGAACACCAGUUCACGCCCUACACGACGACCGACUUUCUCCACAGCUACCCUUACCAAUCUCCAGAUGAAGUCUUCUUACACAGUGCCAUCAUAGCAACGGGUACAACCUUUACACGCAGACCCGACGCCACCCUCAUAGGAGAUGCAUUCGCGCAGUUUGCAGAAAGCCUCAUCUUCACCUGUUGCAGGCAGAAUCCUACACUCAAGGUCAUCCAGGGGCUGUCCAUGAUGUCCUGGCGCUCAUUGGCCAUGGGGAGAGAUCACUUUGGCUGGAUGUUCAUUUCCAUGGCCGCCGGCAUGUGCGUACAUUUGAGACUGCACGUCCUGGCGCUAGACGAGUGCGAGGCCAGGCAGCUGGAGGCUACGGAGCAGGAGAUUCGCACUUUUUGGAUGUUUUACAUCAUUGACCGGACAGCCAUCUCUAUUCUCGGCCGUAACUGUGCAUUGCCGUGGCGGAGAGUCAACGUGCCAGACUUUGAGAUGACUUUUGAAAACUCGAAGGCGGGUCUAGGUCAAGUUUCUUUUGCAUGGCAGUGCAAAUUGUGGUAUCUACAUGACCAGUACAUGGAUCAGGUCUUCUCAACAAACUUCGAAUCUCUACCGAUAUCACAACAAGUACGCAUUCUCGUAGCAAGCCAGGACGCACUAAGCGCCUUCUUCCGAUCCCGCGAUGACAGGCUCCAUCUAUCGGGCGACUCGACCCCGAAACCAGUCAUCCAAUUCCACUUGGCCUACCAAAUGACAAUACUCAUCACUAUGCCACCUUUUCUCCGCAUCUUCGUUGCAAUCUCACAAACCUCAGAGACAACCGAGCCCGGGAACACCACUAACAGCAAAAGACAAAACACGGAAUUCAUGCUCCUGGUCCUUCGCUCCCUCACCGCAGCAGCAACCGCAACAUCCCGCCUCGUCCGGACCUACCGCCGCGCCCACGGCUUCGACACCUCCCCGAACCCAGUCAUCAUUCACCACCUCCUCAGCGCCGCGAUCGUGCACCUCAUGAACGCGACCAGUUGGACGCCGGCGCUACGGCAUCAGAGCACGUACUGGCUCCGACAGUGCCUAGAGCUGCUGCGCGAGCUGCAGGUCUCGUGGCCUGUCCGUGCCGUCAAGAGCAUCAAGAUCAUCCGCGUGCUCGCGCAGCGGUGGGGCGUUAUGAGGGCUUUGCCCAUCGAGUUUAGCUACCAGAUUGAGCAGACAACGGCGCCUGAUGCAGAGAGGGACUUGGGUGGCGUGAACCAGGUCCAGUUCGAGUAUGAGUGGGAUGGGUACGGCGCCACUGCGGCUGACGCGCCACCCGUGGACUUUAGUACCUUGGACAUGAGUUCUUUUGCGUCUUUGGGAACUCUCGAUGUUUCUGGAUUGAGCGGCCAGCGGACGAAUGCUAUGGGCAGUGUUGACUUUCUGCAAGCCUUUCAGGGGCUCACGGAUUGCGAGGACUUCAACUGGCUUUCGAGCAACAAUGGGUUAUGA